AGUUACCCCAUUUUGUGUAGAGGGACAAAAACCCUAGCCCCUCUCUCUCUCUCUCAAAAACCCCAAACCGACUCCCCGGCUCCUUCUCCUUCUUCUUCUUCUUCCUUCCUUUUGCAUCAAUGGCCGGUGGUCGAUUCCGCGAGCUUCUGAAGAAGUAUGGAAAGGUCGCGCUGGGCGUCCACUGCUCCGUCUCCGCCGCCUCUAUCGCCGGACUCUACGUCGCCAUCAAGAACAACGUCGACGUGGAGUCGCUCAUCGACAAGCUUCCCAAUCUAAACCCUCUUAAAAACUCUCAUGAAGAGAAACCCACCUCCGAAAAUGGGCCGUCGACGGCUGUGGUUGAGGAGAGGAAGAGGAAUCGGACGGCUGAGCUCGCAGCCACCAGCGGCGGUGCUCUGGCAUUGGCUUUUCUCUGCAACAAGGCUCUGUUUCCGAUUCGGGUUCCGAUUACGCUCGCGGUCACGCCUCCUUUGGCCAAGUUUUUGGCCAGGAGGAGGCUUAUCAAGACCGGUGUAUGAAUUGGGGAGUUCCUUCUAUGGACGUCAUGACAUUGUCAAGUGGAAUCCUGAAGUUUGCACAAAGUAGAGAAACUAGAUUCUAUAUAAGCAUUUCUAGAGAACAAUGUAGGAAAAUUUGUUUCAAGGUUUAGCUGCAUGCGCUAUUGAUUUUGGUCCUUUGAGGCAUAGUUUGCUUGUGUACCUUAAUCACGUUGAAAAAGACAUCAGCUUCAGUGGCAAAUCCUUUUACUUA